AUGAAGUUGGCAAUGACAUCAACACUUUUCAAAGUUUCUCUGUCUCUUGUCUUGAUGCUCUUCCUCUCACUUUCUUCUUCUGAAGCAGUUUCUAGUGUCAAACAUGACCAUGCUUACCCACCACAGUCACAUUCACAAGCAGAAAAACUGAUAAGAAGCCUUAACCUAUUUCCAAAGGAUCCAGUUAACAUUAUUAAAGGUGACCAUGCUGGUUUUGUUCCUGGAAAUAUCGUGGAGAAGAAGUUCUCAUUUCUUGGUGAUUCUGGGUCUUCUGUUGAAGAUCUUGGCCACCAUGCAGGCUACUAUUCACUUCCUCAUUCCAAAGCUGCUAGGAUGUUCUACUUUUUCUUUGAAUCACGAGACACUAAGGAUGAUCCUGUUGUGAUAUGGUUGUCUGGAGGACCAGGUUGCGGCAGUGAAAUAGCUCUGUUUUAUGAGAAUGGUCCUUUUCAUAUUGCCAAUAACUUGUCUCUUACAUGGAAUCCUUAUGGCUGGGACCAGGCAUCAAAUAUUAUAUUUAUUGACCAACCUACAGGGACAGGUUUUAGUUACUCUUCUGAUGAUACUGAUCUUCGUCACGAUGAAACGGGCGUUAGCAAUGAUUUAUAUGACUUCUUGCAGGAAUUUUUCAAGGCUCAUCCUGAGUUGGUUAAGAAUGAGUUUUAUAUCACUGGAGAAUCAUACGCUGGACAUUAUAUUCCCGCACUUGCAUCCUGGAUUAACCAAGGAAAUAAAAUCAAACAAGGAAUCCAUAUAAACCUCAAGGGUUUUGCUAUUGGUAAUGCGUUUACAAAUCCUGCAAUUCAAUACCAAGCAUACCCAGAUUUUGCGUUAGACAAAAGGAUAAUUACCAAGGAUGAGCAUGAUGAUAUCAGCAAGUUAAUCCCAAACUGCGAAGAAACCGCUAAAGCUUGUCGUACGAGUUCUUUACCUUUCGUCACUCGCAUCCUUUUUAGCUGA